UGCUCUUCAUCUUUUUGUUGUUGUUUUUGUUUGCUACGCAGCUGCCAAAUAGCGUCCGACGGCUGGGACUUUGAAGGCCCUCCAAUGAGGGUAUGCGUGAAUCUUUCAUGAUCAUUUGCACGCUCAAUUGUGUUCUCCUCCAUGCCGCGCGGAAAGCGUUUGUGCUCGGGCCGGCUGGUGUUACUUAAGUAGGAGUCGGGCCCGCUUGUCAAGAAGUGCGCAUGGAGAAUUUGAGUCCGAGGCAACUGGCUGUCAAGCAGCUGAAGCAAAGGUACCUGGAAGCUUUACGGAGGAACAAUGCCCAGGAGGUCCUCGGGAUCCUCCAGACCAACAAACUCGACAUUGACACUGUGCUGGAGGUGGAGGACCCCGACAUGGUGCUGGCUUCUUAUAAACAAGGGUAUUGGCUGCCAGGCUACAAACUAGAGAAGUCCUGGGCAACGGGUCUUCACGUUUGCGUGAUGUCCAACGCCGUGGAAACUGCACUGGUGCUCCUGCAGGAGGGGGCGGCAAUCAACCUCAUGCCCAACGGCAAGACGCCGCUGCAUGUGGCCUGCGAGGUGUCCAAUGCCGAUUGCGUGGCUCUACUUUUAGCUCAUGGUGCAAAGGUCAACAGCCUGUCCCUGAGCGGACACACGCCACUGCACUACUGUAUCACCAGAAGUUCUGUCGACUGUGCCAAGUCGCUCAUCCUCAAAGGUGCGAAGGUCAGCAUAGGCGGUCACAAUAAUGAGGAGGACACACCGUUGCACACCGCAGCCAGAUUUGGGGUCCCGGAACUGGUGGCGCUCUAUUUGGCCCACGGAGCGCCUGUGGAUUCCCUCAACUCUUUCCACGAGACCCCCCUGAUGACUGCCGCCUUUUGGGCUUUCGACAGCAAAGAGCAAACCUACAGCCAAGAUCACCAUCUUGUCUGCCGCCUCCUGUUGGAUCACGAAGCAGAUGUCAACCUUCAAGAGGAGGACAAUAAAACCGCUCUUCACAAAGCUGCCUGGAACUGUGAUCAUGUCCUGAUGCAGAUGUUGCUGGAAGGCGGAGCGGACACGCGAGCGAUGGACAUCAACGGCUGUUCUCCCAUCCAGUAUCUCCUCAAAGUGACCGACGUAAGGCACGCGGCCUUACAUGAAAUCUGCUACCAGCUGCUGCUCAACUACAACGCGGCCAGAAUCUACCCACCCCAGUUUCACAAGGUAUUGCAAUCCUGCCACGACUACCCCAAGGUUGUCGAGAUCAUGGUUAACUCGUAUGAACAUUUAAAGCCUACAAGGAAGUGGAGGACUGCUAUUCCGGAUGACUGCUACGAGCGACACGCCGGAUUCUACGACUCCUUGUUUGCCGUUUGCCGUAACACCCCUCGCAGCUUGCUACACCUGACCAGAUGCGCCAUCAGAGCCAGUAUGGAAGGCUCCUACGAGAGACGGGUAGCGCCGCUCCCUUUACCGUCACGCAUUAAGAGCUACUUGCUGCUGACACCCGAGGGGAUACUUUAUUGAAUUUGGGAGGAAAAUAAUACAUUGCGUGGUUGUUUAGAUCCCCCCCAUGGAAAUCUUUCUUUUCAGUAACUUCCUUGAGCAACUUUCAAAAGAUACUGGUCAUGGCUAAUGAAAUUAGCUAACAAUGCUCUCAAGAAGACGACGUCCUGUUGAUGUUUGCAGAACAAACAUUUGACAAGCCAUACCGCUACGUGCUUGCUCUUCUGAUGCGCUCCAAUCCAAUGUAUGUCGAAAUCCUUAUCAGAGUUAUUUGCAGACUCGGCAAGUUCCCUCCCGGCUUGUAACUGUAUUUUUCACGACUAGAUGACAUCAAAACGUUUCCAGAGAUAUGAGAGAAUGACUCAGCCAUUCAUCCCGCGCACGAUGUGAGCAUCAGUCGGAUUUUAUCAUAUAUGUACUAUAAUGCAUAUCCUUAACAAAGUAAAGACAGAAAACCCCUAAAUCCACUAAAUAAACAAUAAUACCAAUAAAUGACACCAUCAAAUGUUGAUGACGAAAACUUAAAUAUCUCAAAAGUACAUCCGAGGAGAAUGUUACAGAUAUUGUAUAAAAAUGAUGA